CUAUGGAGAAAACAGCAGACAAGCGAAAGUCCAGUGGGGUUGGAACUUGCGUUCCAUUGUCAAUAGUUUCUCCUAUAAACAGUUAGACUUAGACACUCGCGGUCUGCUCCUUGCCCCCACAUCCACAUGCCUUUGUUUCUUACACUUUCCUCUCUUCCUCAUCCACCCAAUCAUAAAUACCUCUCUUCUCUACCCCCUCCUCAAUCGCGCUCGCUCUCUCUCUCUCUCUAUAUAUAUAUAUAUCUCCCUCCCCGCCAAGAACAUUCAAAGCUCAAGAAAUUGCCAUUCAUGGCCAUCAAAAAAGCCAACAAGCUACCGCAGCCAGUUGUGCUGAAGCAAAUCCUCAAGAGAUGCUCGAGUUUUGGAAAGAAGCAGGGGUAUCAUGAAGUGGGUCUUCCUGAUGAUGUUCCAAAAGGCCACUUUGCUGUCUAUGUUGGGGAAAACAGAACCAGAUACAUCAUCCCCAUUUCGUGGUUGGCUCACCCGCAGUUUCAAACACUGCUCCGGAGAGCUGAGGAGGAGUUUGGCUUCAAUCAUGAUACUGGUCUUACCAUCCCUUGUGAUGAAGUUGCUUUUGAGAACCUCACCUCGAUGAUCAGAUAAAGUGGGAAGGACUCUCCGACACCGUGGAUGUGGUGUUGCUUUACAUCAUGAAUCUCCUUCUCUAGUGCUGGUUCUGACCGGGACAUUGUUAACAAUUUGCCAUAUGGUAUUGUAAUUUGUAUAUAGAUUGACGUCCCUGAAGGUUUUCUUUUCCUCAGAAAUGCCAUUCGUAUACUUCAUGGGCAAUGAUUUAUUUGAGGAUAUGUUUAUUGGUUGGGCAUUCAUCCGCUUUAAUUUCUUUCUUUCUUUCUUUUCCAAGUCCUCUUUUCUGUAACUUGAACAUGAUUACUAAUUUGCUGUUGCUAACAUCACUAUAAGGCUUGGAGAAGUAUUCGACUGACUGAAAGGCUAUGUCUUCGACAGUCAAAUCAAGCAAAAGUAGUUUCUGCUUUGUGUUAAUGAGAAGAUGAGAAAGUAUAAGAAUGGUUUUUUAUAUCUCACAUGUCACAGUUUCUCAAGAGCCAAAAACAACCUAUAUUCAUGUAUUAACUAGCCGUGAUUUUUUGACAGUUACGGAUUUUGUUGUUAAAGGAUGAUGCCAUGGAGGAGCUAAUUCUAAACUGACACAGCCGUUAGUGGAAUUGAAAAUGUUUGAUAAUUGUUUCCAGAUACUUCAUUAGAAGGGUCUUCAAUAUGAAAGAUUAACAUUUUUGUAUUCUUUCGCGAAUCCUCGUACUGCAGAAUUUUUUCAUCAUCCAAAAAAGCGGAAUGUUACUGCAUGGUCUAUAUUUUACUGAUGAUCAGAUGGGAAAUUUGGUGUUGGUGACUUGGUUCAAUGCGUCGCAAUCAGUCAUCUCUUGUGUAUAAUUGAUGAUUCUGUCAUAUCAAUCCCCUAACAUCACGCUUUAAGCUACAAUCAUGGGGAGCGAUAGA